CAGCCACUAAGGGUUAUAACCUUCUCUGCUUGGUGCAGUUUUUGCUCUGACCUCACAGAGAACCUCUGUGAUGGAAGAAUGAGUGUCCUCUGUAUAAGACUGUGGACCGGCCUGUUGUAUUUGUCCAUACAGAGCAGGGAGCUACUUUUGGUGACCUGUGGGACUACUUUGGAGCUGUCUAGCUUGUGGAUUGCAGAUUGUUGAACCUCACAACUUCUGCGCACCAGAGCACAGGGAAAAGUCAGCCUCAUGGCCAGCAACUCCAAAAAGAAGAGAUUGGGAAGUCAGUAUAGGGUCCUUUCCUAUCUUGGUGAGGGUGCAUAUGGCACUGUGAAAUUGGCCUUGCACCUGAAAACUGAGGCUCUGGUUGCCAUCAAAAUGGUAGAGAUCAGUCAGAAGACCAUAGACGUUAUCCUGGCAGAACUUGAAGUAUUGAAGACACUAAACCAUCCUAAUAUCAUUCGCCUCUUCCAAGUUCUAUUAACAUCAAGCCACGUCAACUUCAUACUGGAGUACGCAUCGGGAGGGAGCUUAUUGGAUUUAAUAGAGGAGCAUGGCCCACUGCAGGAGGAAGAGGCAAAAAAAAUAUUCGGAGAGAUACUGGCAGCUGUCAAAUACUGCCACAACAUUGAUAUUAUCCAUGGAGACAUUAAACCAGAAAAUAUACUCAUUGAUGAGAAGGGUAAUAUGAAGUUGACAGACUUUGGCCUGGCCAUCAAGCUCAGCCCUGGCAGAUUACUGAGCCAGAGGCGUGGGACCAAGAGCUUUUGGGCACCAGAGCUCAUGCUAGGGGAGCCAUACAAUGGCAGGAAAACAGAUAUAUGGAGUCUUGGUGUGCUACUCUAUUUUAUCACCACUGGGCACUACCCCUUUGCCGGAAUCACCUUCAAAGAGAUCAAGAAUAAGAUUACCACAGGGUCCUAUCGUAUUCCAUCUUACACCUCUGUUAAACUGGAAAAUCUCAUUCACCAGAUCCUCACAGUUACCCCUGAGAAGAGGCCCUCCAUUGAAGACAUUGAGAGACAUCCGUGGGUCAGAAAAUGUGAUGUAACUGUUCCAACUGAUAGCUUCCCAGAUUACACCAUCAUAGACAUGCUCUGUGGCAUGGGGUUUGAUGCCAAUAAGAUCUUAGAAUCCCUGCAGAAGAAAAAGUUUGAUGAGAACAUGGGGACAUAUUUGCUUUUAAAAGAGCAGGUAGGCAAAGGGAUUAAACAUACAUCUACAUUUUCACCUAAGUAUGUGGAUCCCUGCCCCGUGCCACCCCCAUCACCAGCACAUACCUCUACCUCUGGUCUUCCCCGAAAAAGAAGGGGCAGUGAACCCAACUUUGGCCUCCUCCACAUAUGGCCCUCAGGACAACAGGGGCCUGCUGCCCUGCCACUAUCAGGACACAAGUUGGCCAGAAGUGUCUCCAUGCCUCCCAUUGCUCUUCAUUUUCCUGAGAGGAAGAGCAUCACUCCUAGCUGUGCCCUCCAUACUGGAGCUGUGGCUGCCCAGUCGGUCUGCAACAUCAUAUUGGAAGACGAAACAUGCCUGCCACCUGAGGAAGACGUUACCAUGGAAACAUCAUCUCCCCCUCUGAAGAUUGGGUUCUUCAGAAGACUGCGCAAUCGACUCAGGAAUUGCCUCGCAAGGCUUUGUUGCAUCCCCCGGGCUCCAGAGACAAACACAGAGCGUAGAUCCUCCAAGAAAGUGGCUCCCCUAAAAGAGGUCGGAUCCAGAACCCAGUGAAAGGCUUCUCCUCUGCAGAUGACGGUGCUGCACUACCGAAGCUCAUGCUUGCAAGGCCAGGAAAGUCGUGGAUCCCUGACAAUGAGGGCAGUGGUUCAUUGUUGCUGGGGAUCACCUUUCAAAAUAACAACACUAAACUAGAAACACAAAGUAAAAUUAUCCUACUGAUGUGAGACUGUUGUACAGAGGGAAUCUCAUGUCCAGAUGGAAUCUCAUGUGAGGAUCUGGUGCCUGGCAGAAGAUCAAUUUCAAGGCUCUAACGGGCCACCAUAAAGUUUCCCUGCUGUUCAGAAAGACAACCAGGGCCUGACCCUGUGGCUGCUGUAUCAGUGUGGAGCAUCUGCCUAAAAUGGACACUAGCAUCUCUAGAUAAAGGAGAGGCUGGAGUGCCACACUUGUACUGCAUGCCCAACCAUUAAAACAGUAGCCAACCAACUGUUGAGGUGUGUACACAAUGAUACAGGAUUCUGCACAGAGACUCCAUUCACAAUAACAGGACCUCUUUCCUAGCCACCCAAAGCAUCUGAUGAACCGGCAAAAAGACCUAAGCCGAUGCCUUCAGCCUCUGUACCCCAAGACCAAAUAACAGGCAUUUUCAUAUAACUCUUAACCUGGUCUUUCUUUUGGUUCCUUGCCCCAUUCAUUGUGUCUCCUAUCAAGAAAACUUUUCCUGCCAUUCUCAGAAUUGAAUCUUGUUCCACAAUUCAGGGAACACAUGUGAAAAGAGGAUUUGGACCUCUCUGUCCUCACGUCUCUGUAUGGACACUCUGGGUGGACCAUCUCUGGAAGAUCCUGUCCCAGCUGCAGAAUGGCAUGAGCGCCUGUACUGUCCAUAUCUACAGAAAGAAACACUGGAGGCAAUAGAAUAUCCCGUAAAAUGCCAUUCUGCCCUUGACAAUGAUGUGAAGAUUCCGAUGUCUCCACAUGAACACACCCAGCAUGCCCCAACAUUGUGCUAUUGUCACUAUGGGGACAAGAAGGAGAAGAGGACUAUGAGAGUAGGAUGCCAGAUGCCAAAAUAAUAAUAAUGAUUGAGUCACCCUCUAAUGAUGACGAUGAAGCUCAGGCUCUACACUUCAGUGUGAGAGCUCAGUGUUGCUUCUGGAACAGUGUCCACACCAACACCCAGGAAUCCACAGGCUUUGGAUGGUGGAUGCUUCUGAUCAGACGGGGAGAGUGUUAAGUUCCUGGAGAGCACUGAAAGAGCACUCACUCUGUGUAGGUGCCCAGUGAAUGAAAUAGUCUCAUUUCCCUGGGCAUCAGGGCCCAAAUAAGAAUUAUAGCAUGCAUAGGCUUUUCCCUUUGGGAAAGGUUGGGGUGGGUACAGACUGGGUCUAUAUCCUGACCAUUGAAAAGCAUGCAGUUUGGGAGGGAAUCUUGAACCACGGUGAAACGUUCUGUCUUCCAGUACCAGCAUUCUUCCUGAGAGGAGAAUUUUAGAAUGGAGAGGGACACCCAUGGCAUGCAUAUAUACUGACCUCUUGAAGGUCACCCAGUUUUACAGGGAACCUGUAAGGCCUGAAUGACUGUGAAACCUUCUUUCUGCAAGUACCAGAAUCUUUCCUGAAAGCAGAAUACAUUUCCAGAACACCAGAGGCCAAAAGUAACGAUGCAUAUGGUGACAGCUGUUCUGGUGACCUGUAACACCAUCAGGAGCCACGAGGCUCACCUUCUCCUAUAUCCAAAUGUAACCUUCAUCAGUGCAGGUCGCUCCAGGGCAGCUCAUAGUGUUCCAAAUUCCUGCAGACAGGAAAGGUAAGGAGGUCCCCUCCUCCCUGUUGCCUUUGUCUUCUCAGGAGGCUUGAGCACUUAAGUCCCUGCAGAUUUCUCAACCUGCCUGAACUCUCUGCUAAUCCAGUGUUCCAGUAUUCUCCAACGGUGAGGCGAGAGAAGACCAGAGAUGUUUGCAACUCUGAUCCAGUCUAACUGAGCUUCCAGUGCUCAAACACAGAGAGUGGACAGAGAUUUUCGAGGCCUCUCCAUGAAUGCUGUUCAGAAUCAAGCUAUGGGGGAGUUCAGUGUGGGAGACGUGCAGGACCUUGGAUGGAGUCUGGGGUCUAGAGAAUGAAAUGUAUCUUCAUUAGGGCCAGAAGACACAUGAGGAGUGGCACAGUAGAUACAGAAGACACAGUGUCAUGAUGUGGAGUCCAAGGCCAAGGGAGGUUACUGAGAAAUCCAAUGCCUGUAUGAGUGAAGCUGGACAUGAACAGUGUGGAUGAACGUGGUCCCUUUCACUUCAAGCUGCAGUAUUGUCACCAGCUGCUGCAGAAGCCCAUGUCCCAGUAGACUAUCCUCUGACAAGAUUAUGCCUGUUAAGCUCAUGUGACGAUUUCUCUGUCUCCAUAUAGGAGACCAGGCCAUACAAGGUGCUACUGUCACUGAGGAGACAGUAAUGAGAGGAGGACUGUGACAGUGGGAGGUGUCAUGCAAAAGUGAUGUGAGGCUCAGAUGCAUCUGGAAGCUUUAUGGUGCAACCCCUUCUCCUCUCUUCAGAUCUUCAUUCUAUGCUGGAGUCUUCCUAGUGACAGCCCUGUCACCAAACGACAGCAACUUCUCCCUUAAUCUCCCUCGUUCUUGCUGCUCAGUCUUGAGACUAAAGAGCCUAGAGGAGGGCCUCUACAGAUCAGUCAGUGGGUGUCCCCUGACCACUGCCACUGCAUUUUCUAGGGUUUGUGUUCCAGUGGGGGGUGUCUGAGAGAGCUGGUCUCCCAGCUUUUGAGAUGCAGCCUGUUCCUCAUUUCCUGGACUGUGCCUGCUCCAGUCUUCCUCUUGCAUCAUGGAAGCCAUUCUUCCCUUCACAGGCUUGACUUCAUUCUUACCCACAAGGGGGAAGGGUGAAGAUUGGCUCUGAGAUGUGACCCCAGCUUCUAGACUGUCUAUGUGAAGUGGUAUUAUCUGAUCUUUUCUCAGUUGCCAUUCUAUAGGCACAGUGAUGUGCAAGGCUCUAGCUAGGUGCUAGAUCCCAGGAUCAUUAAUGUCAUGGACAACCUGUGCCCAAGGAGCUAACACACUGACACAGUCCAGGACAUCCAGGAAUACAAAGGUGGUGAGAUCAAAAGCCCUCAGAGUGUUAGGUGUUGCAACAUGCAAAAAGCCUGAAUUCUACAGUCCCCUUGUGCUGAUGAUGGGAAAGUCAGAAGAUGAAGAGGCUAUCCUGAUGGCCGGACAAUGUAGCAAUCCUAGAAACAAGAGGCCAUGCUCCUGCAUGUAUAUCCACCAUUCUUCACACAUGCAUGUUGAGUUUCUAAGCAGGUAAGGAGUGCAGAUAAAAACUGUCACCAGAGGUAAUCUUAGUCCUUGGUUGUCCCUCAGCACUUCAGUCUCCUUUCUCUCUCGUGAAGACACUCCUCUUACUGUCCAGGAUUUUUCAUAACACUGAAAAGAAGAUACUGAGGAAUACAGGUAGGAGGGGCUAACUGUAUCCUCUGUGCUCUGACUUCCUAUCACUAUUUUCUCUUUAGAUGUCCCCAGCUAUGGUUCUGACCUUCAGAAAAGCAGUCAAAGGUCAUGAGGAUUUCUGACAGAAUCAACACAGGCUGAUGCCUGUAAACCAAAGUCCUUUCCUGUUUGGAGCUGCUGAGUGUAGUCUGAACUGUGAGUCUGGACCUGCUCUCUCAGUGAAGGCACAACUUCUUGAACUCUGACUCUGAACUGUAGUUGUGGCUAAUGCUGCUUAUGAUCCAAAAAUCUAAUUCAGCAGUGAAAAUAUAAGCUUCCAACCUCUAACCUGGAACAUUCUGUCUCAGAAAGGACAGUGUGUACACUUGAAUGGAAAGACCAGAUCCUGGUGCUUUCCCACAAGAAGUUGCUGAAUGUGGCUACCUGGAAGGACAACCAAAGAGGGCUGCCAGAGAGAAGGCCACUACCAAUUAGCCAAGCAACCUCAGCUACAUCAUCACAAGCAUCUGUAGUAUGGAGGUCUGGUAAACACGGUGUGGGCCUCUUCCUUCCCUGGAUGCCACCAUCAAGUGAGAUAUAGGUCGUUCACAUCACUGUGUGGACCUAGAAUUCCUCUGCAGGUCCUUUUACAGGAGUGGAGUCCCUCCCUCCAAGAGAGGUUAGCAACUGGUCAGACAUUCAGGCCAUUUUCCUCUGCUAGCCUGUGCUUCUUUGAGUAGGUCCAAUUCAGUGCUACUAGUUUUAUAGGUGGAAGAACAUGAAGGAUCUGAGGCUGUGCCAGUCCAUGCUGGAGAAAUACCUGACUGGACUGAGGAGUAGAAACCUCAGCCAUGAACCAUGAAUGUGCUGUUCUCCUUCCCUGGAUGACAGUCAGAACAAUGGAAUCUUCUCUGUCCUUCAGAAUUUUCUUGGUUGUUGAUUUGGGGAUCCUCAAUCUCUCAACUUAGUUCCCUAAUGUCAAGUAGUAUUGAAUAUUAGCAUCCUACUUUAUUUGCCCCUGUUAUUUCUGUCUACCUUUAUUUUGCCAGAACUUUGUAUGGUUAUGACAGUACGUUUGUAUCACUUUAGUAUUGGCAAGGCCACAUCAGGGUAACCAGAGCCCUUACACAGGAUAGUCUUCUUGUAACACUAAUCUUGACUCAGUGGUGAGAGAGAACUUAAAACUCAGAGCAUGACCUGCCCCAGUGUGGUUCCUGAGCCUGGGAACUCAAAGCUCAACAGUCCAACCUUCUUCGUUUAUUCUGGGUUUGGACCUUUUGCAGUCUUUUCAUGUCAGUGUCAACAACUACUUCGGUAGUAGCUGGAAGUCCAGAAAUCACAGGGUGGGCAUUUCUUGCAUGAUCUUGACCCAUGUUGGGUCUUCUAACUUCUGUCUCCACAUUCAACAUUGAAUAUACCACAUCUCUCCAAAGGUCAUGCCUGUUCCAGUAUCCUGAACUCAGUGAGGAGGUUGGACCAAGUGUCAAAGGAAUGAAGGUCAAGCUCUGGAUUUUAUCAGAGAGUCUGAGCAAGACCACUGAUGUUCUGGGAAAAACUUGACUUUUCAGUGGGAUCUUCAUCUGCUGUACAUAACCAACAACCUCUGCCGUGAUGAAAACCAGAGGAUGAUAAAAGGUGCUGCAGUUGGCAUGACUGCUGACAAGAGACACUGAGAGGUUCACUUCAAAUUCAAUAUUCAGAUCGUCUUCAUGGACUUUUCUUAGUCUCCCCUUAGAGACAGAACUGAAAUUCACCAUGGACCACAUCUUUUACAUGCAGGAAGAACCUUUUGGCCAUCAUCUUCAAGCCUGCACGAGUUCAUAUUUGUGUCCCAGGCCUCAAGCUUUUGAGUCUCCAGGCGAAAACUUUUGGUGGAGUUGCUACAGGAUCUAUAUGCGAGUCUCUUUGUUUGCCUUCUGUACAUGGAUAACACAGCCCCUGUGCAGGGAGGAGAACAAAGACCUGGAGAUGUCAUGCUGUUCACCUGAACAAAGAUUUUUACCCAUUUAAGAGUCUGGAAAUAGGCUGGACCCACUGUUGACAGUGCAGAAGAGCAAGCAACCAACACCAGACCUUCUGGGUGCUAGGACCCUGUCACUAUUCAUGGGGUAUCUAGGAUGACUCUGUACAGGCGGUAUGGCAGAAGUUAAUUCUUUCCAAAAAACAGCCUGACUGACAUAGUGAAGAGAGCUCCCACAACCUCCCAGUCACAGUCUCCAUCAGCUCUUGCAUGUCUCCUUGGCUAUCAAUUCAGAGAGUUUGUGAUUCUCCUGACAGGAGAGCUCCAGCAAAAUCUCGGACUUCAGGUUAGAGGGACAAGUAUAGCAAUGGGGUUCUUAUGCAUUGGUGCAAUGCUAGCACAUCUGGGGCCUGCAAAGACUGGUGGGAAAGACCUGGGAAAAUAUCUUCGGCAAGAAAUCCAUUCUUCUCUCAACUCACAAGUUCCUUCAUUUUGUUCUCCAUAUUCAGUCUCAUGAUACUGAACAGACUGUUCUAGCUGAUGAGGCCGGGCUUAGAAGAUGGACUACAGCCAAGAACCCUGGCCACCAUAACAACAAGUCACACCUUUAGGAAACACUUGAAAAGCACUUAUGCACAGUAGAAAAGUACAAGGAUUAAAGUCUCCUCAGGCAUUCCAGCAUAGAGAGAGUCUGACAGACUCAGGUCAGAGGUUACCUCCAAAUAAUAGAAGAGGAAGAAGGUCCUGCUUGACAGAAGAAGCCUGUGGCUGAGGCCAUUGCAACAAGGACUAUGAUUGUGAAACUUGUUUCUCCGUGGAUACCGGUUUCAGAAAUCUUGUGCCCAGGUACCCACAGUCCUCCUCACAUACCUCAUUUUAUAGAACUUUGCAAGUCCUGACAUUCUGUCAUGUCCUGAUGAUAUCCCACUAGACACAUCGGGUAACAAAGAUUUUUACCCAUUUAAGAGUCUGGAAAUAGGCUGGACCCACUGUUGACAUUAAAGGUGCAUUUCUCUA